AAGGAAUCACACGCGCCCGAGCUCUUGAGAAUUCCAGAUCACGCAAGGGCAGCAAGGCGGCCACCGCACGGCACGGCAGUCGGCAGGCAACGCCCUUCCCGCCGUUCCGUCCGUUGGUUCCCGGGCGGGAACGUGCGCCCCCUCGUGAUCCGGCUUUUGCUUGCCCACACGCACUCCCGAGUACUCCCGGCCCGACUCAAUUAUCUUCGUCGCCUCGCUUGUCCCAUCGCUUCUCUCGCUGUCACAACCCAGUCCCUUCCGGAACGCCAAAACAGUCCAACCAACUUCGUCUUCCAGAGCUCAGCCAGCCAGCCGGCCACCACCAAGCACCAACGCCGCCCGUCCCCGCUGCUACCAUGUCCAUGUCGCUGCGCCUCGCUCUCCCCUCGUCAGCGCCCGUGCUCCCGCCGCGGGUGCCGCUGCCCGCCGGGAAUGCCGCCCGUCGCCCCUCACCCUCCCCGGUCCUCGCCACCGCCGCCGCCGCCUUGCGGACGGGCGCGCUCAGGGGAUGCGCUUCGCUGCCGCUGAAGCCGCAGCCGCCGGGCAUGAUGAUCACGGGCGCGGGCGCGGGGCGCCGGGGGUCCGCCGCCGUGUGCCGCGCGUCGUCGGCGUACCUCAGCCCGACCACCAUGCACUGGGUCUCCGCCGCGGCCACCGCGGUGCUCUUGCUUGCUAAAGGCACAGGCAUACACAAAUCUUUCCUCGUGCCCCUGUUUGCUCUUCAAGCACCUAGCAGUGUGGUCUCAUGGAUCAAGAGUGACUAUGGACUGUGGACUGCUUUUCUUGCUCUUUUGGUGCGCUUGUUCUUCUCCAUUCCAGGUGAACUGGAGCUCCCAUUAUCAGCAAUGCUGCUUCUGAACGUUGCUCCUUACCAGAUGAUGAAUCUGAGGGGAACUCAAGGUGGUGCGAUAGUGUCUCUGGCACUAGCAGCGUAUCUUGCCUUUCAGCACUUCACCCGGGCCGGAGGUUUGGGGAGAGCCUUUGAUCAGGGAUCGAUAAUUGCGACCUUGGCCAUCAUCUGCGUCACAGUUAUCAACGUGAUCCUGCUGUUCUGAGUUGGAUCAAGUUGGCAAGAGUUCGCUGCCCCUCAUUGUAGGUGUGGAGGGGGAGCAGGAGGUACUCAGGAGUGCAGAUAAAUAAAACCUUGUAAUGCAUCAUCCUGACAGACUUCCAAGCCCGUUUCAUCGUAAUAAGAAUCUUUACUGCUACUUAACUUGCAGUUGCGUCCGUGGUGGCUCGUACGUCGUCCCAACUUCACAGAAAUUACGUCUCUAUGCCACCGUCCGAACUCCGAUUUGUUUCUUCUCUUUCGUGUUCUCGUGUCUCGCCCAGCCCGCUGCCCACGCGCCACCGCUCCUCCUGCCCUGCGCGCCGCUGCCACCACCCACCUGCCUCUCCUCGCGCUCCUCCUCUGCUCGCACCGCCACCGCCCCGAUCUCUCUCUGCCAGCGUUGUCUCCUCCUCCUCCUCGCACACACCCGCCCAGAUCCACCUCCACCUCCUCGCACACGGCCCGCCCUGAUCCACCUUCUCCUCGCGCGAGGCCGAGGAGCGCGAGGAGGAGGCCGAGAUGCGCGCCGAGGCUGCCGCCCGCCAGGCCGAGAUCCGCCUCCUCCUCAUUGUGCUGCCGCCGUGGGAGAGCCGUCCUCCGCCGCGCCGCGUCCCCGUGACGCCACCUGCUCUCCCCCUUCUCAACGCAUCGAGUGCCCGAUGCCGCCAGCCGAGGCAAGGGUGCUCGAGACGUCCGCGAUGACUGCUUCGAAGUGGGAGGCAUCAAUAUUGUGUGGUAAGAGCUUGAAGUCUCUGCUACUGGAUAUUGGCAUUGAAAGAGCAACAGGAAUUGUCUGGUCUAUCACUGGAGGCAAUGAUAUAACUUUGGUGGAGCCUGAACUUCUAAUACAACGGCAUCCAUGCGGGGAAGAUGAAUAUGUGAAGUCAGUGGCCGAGUUAAUUGAGAAGGAGCUAUCAAUUUUUACAAAUUCUGAAGAGGUUAUGAGCUAUGGCAAUCUUCGUAGAGUUCAAAUGUUGUGGUUCGAUACAGAACAGAAAAAAGAAGUCUCUUUUCCUCUCAAGAUGAGAGGAAGAUGUUGAGGGAGACCAUAAGGACACUACACAUUAUGUUGCGAAGAUAAUAUUGCUUUCCUGCUCUUAACACAGGACACCAGAGCAUGCAUUACAAAAUAAAUAUUCGAUGAGGUAUGGACGGUUGUCUUGAUGUGUUUAAUUUUGCAUUCUUUCCAAUAAUUUUGUUGGAGAACACGAGUGUCUUGACUUGUUUCGGUACUCCAACAUGGAUGCUUUGUGAUAUUUACAAUUGUGAGAAGAGGAUCCAUGGCCAAGUUCUUCGAUAAUAAUCGUUCAUGUGGAAUUUUGGAUUGUAUAUUGGUCCAUUGUAUUUUUUUUCCUCUCAUAUUGUCACAAUUAUUGAUUA